AUGCCCGGCUCUCGACGUGGUUUGGUUGCACCACAAAAUACUUUUCUUGAAUCAAUCAUCCGCAAAUGUAGUGGUGCCCAUACCGCGUUCGUUUUAUCAAAUGCUGAAAUACUCGAUUAUCCGAUUGUUUAUUCAAAUGAUGGUUUUACCAAAUUAUCGGGCUAUUUAAGAACAGAUCUAUUAAGUAAAAGUUCAACAUGUAAUUUUAUGUAUGGUGAAUUAACUAAUAGUGAAACACAAUCGAAAAUACGUGAUGCCUUAGAAAAUUGUCAUAUUGAACAGGUUGAAGUACUCUUAUACAAAAAAAAUAAAACACCUAUAUGGGUAUUUAUGCAAAUAGCUCCGAUAACAAAUGAACGUGAUGCAGUGGUACUUUAUCUGUGCACAUUUACAGAUAUUACAGCACUUAAACAACCGAUCGAAACUGAAGAUACAAAAAGUGGUCUUAGCAAAUUUGCACGUAUUGCAAAAUCGGUUACAAGAAAUCGUUCAAUUUUGAUGAAUUUUGCUGCACCAAAUGCAAAAUCGAUUACGAUUGAUCCAACAAAACCAUCACAUCUACCAAAUUUACUUAAUCUCAGUGCUGAAGUAUUACCGAGUUAUCGACAAGAAGCACCAAGUACUCCACCUCAUAUAAUUCUUCAUUAUUGUACAUUUAAAACCGUUUGGGAUUGGGUAAUACUUUUAUUAACAUUUUAUACAUCAUUACUCGUACCCUAUCAUGCAGCAUUUAAAAGUAAAUCAUUAGAUGAUGUGCCUUUACUUGUUGUUGAUAGUAUUGUUGAUGUUAUUUUCUUUAUUGAUAUUAUAUUAAAUUUUCAUACAACAUAUGUACACACAAAAUCAGGAGAAGUUAUAUCUGAUCCAAAACGUAUUAGAAAAACAUAUUUAAAAAGUUGGUUUGUUAUUGAUUUAUUAGCUUGUUUACCAUAUGACGUAUUCAAUGCAUUUCAAGAAGCUGAAGAACGAUAUGGCAGUAUAUUUUCAGCAUUAAAAGUUUUACGUUUAUUACGUCUUGGUCGUGUUUUUAGAAAAUUAGAUAAUUAUUUAGAGUAUGGUGCAGCUGUUCUUUUAUUACUUAUUUGUGUUUUUGUACUUGUUGCUCAUUGGUUUGCUUGUGUAUGGUAUACCAUCGGAUUUCGAGAAGGACGAGGUGGUCCUGGAAAACGAAUGGAAUAUAGUUGGCUAGUAAAAAUGGAUAGAGAAUUACAUUAUGCAUGUAUUGAUUCCUAUGGUAAUCUAACAGCAUACGAAUCCAAUGGUACAUGUCGAAAAGCAGCCUAUGUAACAGCACUUUAUUAUACUAUGAGUUCAUUAACAAGUAUUGGUUUUGGUAAUGUUGCUGCUAAUAGUGAUAAUGAAAAAAUUUUUACAUGUGUUAUGAUGCUUAUUGGUUCACUUCUUUAUGCAACUAUAUUUGGUAAUGUUACAACAAUAUUUACACAAAUGUAUUCAGCUACAGCUCGAUAUCAUGAAAUGUUAAGUAGUAUUCGAGAAUUUAUGCGUUUACAUGGUAUGCCUAAUCAAUUAAAUGAACGUAUUAUGGAUUAUGUUGUAUCAACAUGGGCAAUGACAAAAGGUAUUGAUGCAACAAAAGUAUUAAAUUAUUGUCCAAAAGAUAUGCGUGCCGAUAUAUGUGUUCAUAUGAAUCGAAGUGUAUUUAAUGAACAUCCAGCAUUUCGUUUAGCUAGUGAUGGUUGUUUACGUGCAUUAGCUGUUCAUUUUCAUAUAAAUCAUUCUGCACCUGGUGAUAUGUUAUAUCAUUGUGGUGAAAGUCUUGAUAUGCUUUGUUUUAUUGCAUCUGGUUCAUUAGAAGUUAUACAAGAUGAUGAAGUUUUAGCUAUACUUAGUAUAAAUGAUGUUUUUGGUGAUGAUUUUUGGAGUAAACAUCGAGAUAGUGUUGGUCAAUCAGCAGCUAAUGUUCGUGCAUUAACAUAUUGUAAUAUACAUCAAAUUCGACGUGAACGAUUACUUGAAGUAUUAGAUUUUUAUCAUCCAUUUAGUAUAUCAUUUGCUCGAAAUAUGUUGCUGACAUAUAAUUUAAGACAACGUGUUGUUUUUCGUAAAAUUGCUGAUGUUAAACGUGAACGUGAAUUAGCUGAACUAAGAAAAAAUGAAGGAUUAGAUCAAAUAAGUUCGGAUCAUCCAGUGCGAAAGCUAAUAUCAAAAUUUCGUAAAAUAUCACAAGAAAAUCGUGCAGCUUCACAAACUAUUUCUAAUGUACCUACACCUCCAACAACAAUAGUUAGUCCACCAUCACAACAACCAUCACCACCAUCCCCACUAUCAACCAUUGGACAAUCACCAAGCACUGAAGCAAAUGAUUCUUUAACAAGAACAAAUAUGACUUCAUUACCAACUUCACAUUUGCAAUUACAUCCAUCAUCAACUUUAAAAAGUCGAGAUAAACUUGAAACAAUUUCUGAACGUAUUGAAACACAAGAAUCACAACUAUCUCAAAUCACAUCUGUUCAUCAAAGUCCACCAUUACAACGACCACCAAAAUCAAGUAAAUGGAAAUGGUUGAAAACAGGAUCAACUGGACCUGAAGCAGAUUCACCACCAAGAAAAACUGGUCCAAGCACCAAACAAAUACAACAACCAUCAACUAAUCCAUUUGAUUCAAAUUUAACUGAUGAAGAUACACAUGGCAAAGCAGAAGAUGGUGGUGAACGACGAUUAUCUAUUCCGCUUAGUUUAUUUAUACCGAGAUCAGUUCGACAGGAAGGUACAAAAGUAACAGAAGACAUUAAUGAUGAUCAAAAACAAUUAGAUGAAUCUCAUUCCGAUAUAAAUACAGCAUUUGGACCUCGUCGCAGUAUAUCAUCACCAUUCAGUGAUCAUCCAUUAUUAUCAUCAUUAAUUGAUAUAAAAAAUGAUUUAAGUAAUGAAGUACGAGCAUUAACAAAACGUAUGAUUCAUAUUGAUGAACAAAUUAGUCAAAUUUUUAACUUUCUUUCACCACUUCAUUCGUCAAUAAAUAAUAAUACACAACAAGUAUUGGAUACAACUCAAUCAUCAUCAAUUCCAUCUCAACCUUCUUCACUUUUACCACCAUCAUCAUUAAACACAACAACGAGUCACUCUAAAACUAACACUUCUACUCUAAAGUUUCCAAAAAUGUUCGAAGAACCUUCAUACUAUUCAGAUAUAAAUACAAUAAUUCCAUUUUUUGAUGCGAAUCAAUCGUCAUCACCAAUAACUGAUGUUUCUAUACAGCCGAAAACAAAUGAUCCAUUGUUAACAAUAUCAUCAACAUGUCAAAUCAGUGAUUAUGAUUCAACCCCAUUAUCAAUUCCACCACCACCUUCUGUCUAUAAUCGUUCAGCUAGUUCGUCAGUUGUUACUUUAGGUAUAUCGACAACUCCACAUGGUUCAAUAUCCAAUAAAAUAGUACCCGCACCUACUAGUUCUAAACAUCCAUUGAGCGCUAGUUUUCGACCGAUUUCUAAUACUCGUUUUAAUCCGGGUCGUUCUCCGAAACCGAAAGCUCGUUCACAUCAAAAUCGAUCCAAUGUCAAGCAUCGACAACAACCUGAGAAAUCAACAAUUAUUGAACUUGAACCCUCAACACAAAAUGAUACAACGAAUAAAAAUGUACCGCUAUUUUCAACAUUAUCAUCAACAACAAAAUCAGGUAGCAAAGUGUUUCGUCGUUUCAUGGGAAGUAGUAGCAAUGCAGAGAAAACAACAAUGUCGUCAACAACACUUCUCUAUCCACCUACAAGUGAUGAUGAACAUCCAAUGAGUCCUACUAGUUCAGGCAAUGAUGAUGAUGAUCAUAGACCAUUGACUUCAUCUUCAAGUAAAUAUCAUCAUCAAACACCUCUCUGA